CCGAACCGGUUUGGACAAAACCCCUCUGCCCCUGCUCGGUACAAAUAUAAGGCGGUGGUAGUUUGAAAAUUUGAAUAUCCCUGUUACUCCUUUCCUUUUCUGGUAACAGCUCUUCGGCUCUAGUUCCACGUGAGCUAACUUAACCAUUAAGCACUGCCCGGGAACAAAUGGCGACAAAACAGAGCAGCUUACACCGCCUUUUCCACUUUCCUUUCAUUUUCCUCUCUCAAGAUAUUUAUCAAACACCUUGUCUGCAUUACCUAUAUAUAUAUGCGUAAAUACACCACAAGUCCACAACAUAUCAAAUAUCUUCCUCUUUUCUCAUAAACAUGAAUGAUAAUGAAAAAGAAUUCUCAUUUCCUUCUUUUAAUUACGAGGACGAGCCUGUAGCAGUUUCUUUGCAAUUUAGCGACAAUUUAGAGGAGAUUUCUCCUCAGCCGUGGAGAAAUUUACACGAGCCUCCGGUUCCCCAAUUUUUGUCCAAGACGUUUGAUCUUGUCGAUGACCCGGCAGUGGAUUCGAUAAUCUCAUGGGGUGAAACAGGCCAGAGCAUUGUGGUGUGGGAUCCGAUUGAGUUUGCCAGGCUAUUACUUCCCAGGCAUUUCAAGCACAAUAAUUUCUCCAGCUUUAUUCGUCAGCUUAAUACUUAUGGAUUCCGCAAGAUUGACACGGACAAGUGGGAGUUUGCAAAUGAAUGUUUUUUGAGAGGGAAGAGACAUCUGUUGAAGAACAUCCUUAGGCGCAGGACAACUCAUUCUCAACAAACAGAGAAUCCAAGCAGUGAUUUAAGGAAAGCUCAGAUCGAAGAUGAGAUAGAACGUUUGAGGAAAGAGAGGGGUAUGAUGAUGCAGGAGGUCAUUGAAUUGCAGCAGCAGCAUCAUUGCACGGUUCAACAUAUGGAAGCAGUAAAUGAGAAGCUCCAAGCCGCAGAACAGAAACAGAAACAGAUGAUAUCUUUCUUAGCAAAUGUUUUCCAACACCCUGAGUUCUUGGCUCGUCUUCAGAGAAAAGAUAAGGGGAGCAUUGUUUCUCCAAGGACAGCAAAAAAGUUCGCAAAACAUCAGGAAACUAAACCGCCUAUCUCGGCUUUGGCAAUGGAGGAGCAGAUUUUUAAAUUCGAAGAUAAUUUGGAGAAUUCUGCUACAGCAUAUGAAAACCCACAUUCAAAUUUAGCUGAACAGAUUGUUCAUUCUUUAAAACAAGAAACAGUAGAGAAUCCUGGUUUUAGUGCAGAAGUCCCAUCAUGUCGAGUUCAGAACAUCGUUCAAUCACAUAACAUGGCUGUUCAAGAUGGCUUACCUGAGUCUCUAGAGGAAGUCAGAAGGGGAAUCCCUGAUCUGGGACCUAACAAUUCCCUGUUUGUUGGGAACAAAGAAGUGAGUUGUCAACAAGACCACUUUCCAGAAUAUUUUGUCUGCUCCCCAUAUGUUUGUGGAAAGGAUAACAGUUAUCCAGAAUUGAUGUCUCCUGGGUUUGGAUUUGAAGAGCUCGGUGGACAAUUCCCCUUGAACCUGGGUUCUGAAGCUGGGCCUAGUAUAUCUAACUCGAACACUGCAGUAUUGGGCAAUCUCAGUAAUAAUAAUGUUGCUCCAGAGUUUGGAGCCAGUGGUGGGAUGUCAGGUAUAUGGGAUGUAAGUUCAUUACAGGUGGCGGUAGGUUCCGAAUUUGAUAUGUGGCACCAUGAGUCUUCUUUGACAGAGCUCGAGGACCAAGUUGGCCAACCUAAAAGUGAUAACUCUGAAACUGAAAGAGUAAAUCCAUAGGGAUUCAACUGCUUUUGCACUUCAGUUAAUGGAAAUAUUGUUUCUUGUAGAUCCAAUGACAUACUUAUCUGUAUAUGACAAUUUAGUUUUAUAACUGAAGCACAUACAUUCAAUCAUUUGAAAUGUGUAAUCCGCUUACAUACCUUUUUGAUGUU